AUGAAUGUUUCGUUCCGUCUGCUGCUAUUUCUCAGCAAGUCGGGGUCGCCGGCUGCUGCUGUUUCUCGGCGAGUCGAGAACGAACGAAGUCGGGGAGAAAGUGAGGAACUGAAGGAGGCAGGGACGGACAGACAGAGUCGCCGGCUGCUGUUGCUUCUCGACGAGUCGGGGACGGAGGCAGGCUCUGGAAGGGGUUUCAACUUUUCGGCGGCUGCUGGGAGUGCGAGUAGGGUGGGAGGACGAAGGAAGAAGACGAAUGAAUUUCGUCGGUUAGGGUUGUUUUGUUUGGACGGAUGA